AUGACCGUGGCUCUGGCCAAGCCGGGUUACCUGGGAGCAGGGAUCGCCGCCCCUGCCCCCGCCCCCGUCCUGGUGGGCGGCAUCCACCCUGGCCUGGCGGCCUACGGCCCUGCCAACAUCGUCGUCGGGCCCGGCGGGUACAACCUGGACACCCCUGACGUAGCCGCCGCCAGGGGCGCCCACCUGACGGCCGUCGCCCAGACGAGGGCGCGCGACGCCGCCAUCAACGGAGCGGCGCUGGCCGCCGCGGCUGCUGCGGCAUACGCCGCCCCCAGGGUGGUCGCCGCCCCGGCAGCCGUGGUCGCCGCCCCCGCCGUGGCUGCCGUUGGCCCAGCUGUCGGGCCUUCCGUGGCUGCCCUCGCCCCCGGCCUCCUGGGGGCGCCCGGAGCUCUCGCUGCCGCCAAGGCUGCCUACCACGGUUAA